GACGGGGACGCUCGUCGGAGCGAGAGGGCGGUAUCCAUCGGGCGGAGAGACAGAGAGAGAGAGGAAACGAGAGGGACAUUGAACGCCGACACCGUGGCCUCGCAGUCUCCUCUCGUUCUCGCGCCGCACGAAAACGCAUCGCUGCGCGCUUCCUUUUGCAUUUCUUCCGUGAGUCAGCGCGCACUCCGGCUCGCCGUUUCCGCGCUCUCUCGCUGAACAGCGCAUUCCUCAGAGCUGCACCCGGUACAGCGUUCGCGGUGCGAGGUCCUUGAGGCGGCGGCUCAACGCGCGAAGGACACGCGGAGCGGAAGAGAAGGGAAGAUCUUCGUCCUGCGGCAGGAGCAGAGCCGUCUGCGAUCUUCGUCGCCGUUCGAGAACACACGGACGAAUCGACAUGCGGCUCAGGGAGGCCGUCGUCUCGGUGCCGCUGCAUCCUGCUGGACUGAACAACAACCAGCUCCGCAGGCACGGCCCGAGCCGGAGCAUCGCCGGCGAGAUCGGCGAUCGCAACGAGAACGCGACGAGCCCGGGCUCGCUCGCGUCGGAGCCGGACUCCGCGGACUUCCGGCUGGCCGAGGACACCACCACGUGGUCCUCAUUGGCGAUCGCGCGCGACAACGUGCAGCAGAGCAACUCGCCGCUGCAGCAGCCGGUCAACGUCAACAAUAAUCUCACCGAGCCGAAGAUACAGAGGAACAGCUCCGUCGAGAGUCUCGCCGAUUAUGAGGGCACAACCGAAGAGCGAUCCGCCAACGUAAACAACAAUCUGACUGAGCCCAGGAUACGAAGGAACAGCUCCGUCGAGAGCCUCGCCGACUACGAAGGACGCAACUCGCCGCAGGAGAACUCGUCGCACGAGCUGACGCCGUCCGAGUGGUCCGACUGGUCCGAGGAAGGGAACCUGCCGGCGGGCUGCCGCGGAAUCGUCAACCCCAACUACCCCGGUUUCCAGCACCUGGCGCCUUCCUUGCUGUCAGACACCGACCUGACCGAGGACGAGCACGACAGCUGUUCCGACUACCCGCCGCUCUACCCUGGCAUCCACCAGGAGCAGGCGCCAUUGGAGAACGGCAACGAGUACAACAACAACGUCGACGACAGCAUCAAUCAUCUGUGCGGCCAACGGAACGACCGCAAGGUCUUCUACGAGAAGCCCAAGUUCAACAUACAGACUGUGACUUCUCUGUACGAGUCGGUGGUGCCGCCUUCGGAAAAGUGCAUCAACUACGUUAAGAGCGUGGAGGUCUCCAGGUCCGAGGAGAAGUCGCUGUCGCCGGAGCCGGAGGUCGUCGUGAACGGCGUCGUCGAGGCGGAGACCCACUUGACGGUCUUGGAGCCGGAAGAGGGCCUGGCCGACCAGGUGGACCAGCACGCGCCCGAACUGUCGCAGGCAGUCCUCGAGGAUAAACGGGAGCGCGAAGUGCCGGUUGAGGUCGAGCUGGUGGAGCUCACCACCAGCGUGAACGAGAGCCUGCAGUUUCCGGAAAUCGAGGAGAUCGUGGACUCCAGCAAGACCAGCGAGAUCAGCGAGACGGAGGACGUCGCGGUGGAGCACAUCGACCUGAUACGCGAGGCAAAGGAGUUGCCUCACCCAGCCCGGUCCAAAAUAGGCAACCGUCAGCCGGUGACGUCGGGCGGCUCGGCCGACGACGACGAGUCGGAGAGUAACAGCGACUACUCCGAGGGCUUCGCCGAGGAGCGGCCGACGUACACGAAACUGGAGGAGAUCGACUUGCUGUCGAGCAUCGGUCGGGACAUCGGCGUCGACCUCGAGAAAUACGCCCAGCCGGUGCCGGACGUGGUCGCGAUGGAGUCGAUCGAGAGCAUACGCGCUCAGCCGCGAUCCACCUCGGUCAUCAAGGACCACGUGGAGGACACCAACAAGCUACUGGACCGUGAACUGCCAGAGGCCUCCAGCGUGGACGCUCGGAAGAAGGAGAAGAUGGCCAGAAACCAGGCCAAGCGCCGCCAACAGCAGCAGCAGCAACAGCAGCAACAUCAGCAGUAUCAGCACCCACGAAUCUCCAAUGUUCACAGACGUCCUGAUAAGCGCAGAGCUGACAUCGAGAACGGGCCAGGCGGCUUCGACGUUUACAACAUCGAGACGGCGAUGCCAAAGAUCGACUUGGACGCUAUCGAGUCACACCUCAGAGCCGCUCGCGAGGAGGAACGUCGGCGACGGAACGAUCGCGAGGAGAUCAGGAGGAGACUCGCGAUGGGGCCCGAUGCUGAAGACCUGCGCGCCGAGCGCGGCCGAAAGCCGAGUCUUCAGUCGCGUCUUCAGAGCGGAAUGAACCUGCAGAUUUGCUUCAUGAACGAGACGUCAUCGGACACCGAGUCCCCGGGCUCGGAGAACGACGCAUCCCCCGGCUCCACGCCGACAUCCCUCGGCUCGAAGCAGCUGGGCAAGCAGCAAGCGCCGUCAAGGCCGCAGGUGUUGAGCUUGCCGUCCUUGAGACUCGACAUGAGCUCGAACUCCACACCGGUCGACGAGGCGGACUUCUUCGCGCGGCAGGCCAGGUUGCAGACCGAGGCGCGAAUGGCCUUGGCGCAGGCCAAGGAGAUGGCGCAUAUGCAGAUGGAAGUGGAGAGGCAGAGGCUGAAGCAGAGUCCUAUCACCGAGAUGGUACGGUGCAGCUUGGAGAAGGUCGGUGUUCAGUUGGGCGAAGAUAGACGCAGGUUAUCCCGAGUGCUGCUCACGGAGCUGAACGUCGCGCAGCUUCAGGUAGUGGCGAACGACCUGCACGCGAGGAUCGCCGCUUUGAAUGAGGCGCUCGUUGAAGGGCUCCUGAGGAGAGACGAUCUGCACAUGGAGCAAGAUUCGAUGCUCGUCGACGUCGAAGAUCUCACUCGAUACCUAGGUGCCAAGCAGGAGUCGUUGAAGAAGAAGCAGAGCAUGCAGCAGCCGACAAAUCGGAAUCAUCAGCAGUCCUCUGCAGCUCCGAUGAAGUUGUCGAUGAAGCCGAAGCUGACGCACCUGAAUCGCGGUCUGGUCGCUUUUGUCAGAAAAUAAUCCUUCGCCACGAGACUGCGCAGUCUCGUCGGAAAUUGAACUCCGAGCGGAGCAACGCACCAUGGACGACUUUGGAGACGCGAGAAAGCAAGAAGAGAGGAAGAAGAGAGGAGAAAGAGGAGAAACAAGAAGAGGCGAAGAAACUCUCUUCAACAGACGAGAAGGCAGUUUCUUCGUCGAGAAAAGGGGAAGAUGAGAUGAAAUCUUUUUCUUUCAACGACGAGGCUUCCCCUCAGAGAGAAAAUCGUUGAGGACGAAAGGACGGUCGCGUGUGAAGCCGCGGUGUGCAUGCUCGAGAACUCCUAAAAAAGAAAAAAAAAAGAAGGAAAAAAGACGAUGUUGUGAGACGAUCGGCUUCGUUAAACAGGUGGGAUCGUACUCCACCUUUAGCGCGGGCAGGAGGGAGCAAAUAUCUCUCUUUCUCCCUCCCCCCGAAUUUCCAAGAGUUUUUACAGCUUCGUCGUUAAUCACGUGGAAGUAGAGAUUUUUGCGUAUGUGCGCGUAUCGAGCGUAUAAAAUGAGCGGGUAACGACCCUUCGUUUUCGUAUCCCACAUUAAGGAUUCUCCGUCUCGUUCUAUUUCCUCUCGUCUGUACUACUUGGCCCCGUAAGCUCAGAUUAUGUCCCCCCUCCUCCCCCCCCCCGCGACAUGCAUGCAUGUGUCUACGAGUGUAUCGAUUAUCGCCUUUAAACACAAAGAAAAAAGAAAAAAAAAAAGUAAUAGUGUAAUCAUAGCGCGAGGGCGGAUCCUUUCUCUCUGUUGUACAUAUAAACGAAGAUUUAUAUCAGAUUAUUAUUAUAUAUAAUAUAUAAUAUAUAUUGCCGUAUCUUGAGAUUCCAUGGUGUUUGAAAGCGCUUCGUUCUGGUCGUGCCACAGUGUAAGUGAUCCGCGCGUGUGCGUUUUGAUGUAACGUUAACAUAUUCCGUAAAAACUCGAGGUCACUUUCGACCGCGCGCAGACGAAGGAACAUUUUCAACUCAAUCGGUCCAUCCGUAGAUCCGCGAACAUCCGGCUGCGCGGGUAUCGAUCCUCGCUUCGGUAGAGAUCUCCAGAUCUGCCAGAUAGAGAAAGCCGUCUUAUAGAGUCUCUCUUGAAGUCGCGAAUCCGCCGCUUCGAGAAACGUCGUCGCUCAUUCAUGGCACAUGAGAGAUUCCGGCGAGACGGCAAAACUCGGUUCUUAUUUAUUGCGAGCGACGUGGAAGGCGCCGAAAGAUACGCCAUUCCCGGAAUAACGCAACGCUCGGCAAGGGAAAGUGCAAAGAAGACAAGCCGCGGCGGCGGCGGACCGUGCAACGACCGUGAAGAACGAAGAACGCGUUACAUAUCCAAAUAAGCGGUUUAGUAAAUGCAAAAAGCGAUUAGUCCAUAUGUAGCGACUAUGAAAACGUAAUCGAAUAGAGAGACAUACUCGACAUAGCCGAGCGCGCCGUUUUCAGCCCGGAGAGUUUCCUCGUUACAGUGCAACAAGAAAGAAAAGACAGAAAAACCACAAAAAAAAAACAAAAAAAGAGAGAAGGAACAAGAAUCGACUCGGAACUCGCAAUCAAAAUUAUAUACUCAUCGAUAUGGAUUAUUCGGUUCUUGCAUCGCGUUGUUUUUUCUGCAUGUCGGUUUCACACGAUCUCAUUCACACGCAAGACCUCAAUUGUAGCCGAAAUAAAUCUCAAGGUCUAAGAAAGCUGCUGUGCAGAGUGUCAUUCGUAACAACUUCUCGAAUCCUCAUCCCCGGUUAAAACGGAAGAUGAAAAAUUCAACGCGGAAAACAGCCUUACGUUCUUUGUAUCCGUACUAUCAUUCGUCGGAUCCACCGAAAUCACGAAUGAUGUAAAGAAUCUCGUGAAAACGAUACUUAUCGUUAGAUCCUCGAUCUAUUCUCUCAGGCGAAUUUAAAG